AUGCGACUAUCACGUCAAUUGGCGCGUAGCACCGUCCUGCGCGCAGGCAGAACUCCCGCUUCUGUGUCUCUGCAGAGUUCUGCAGCAAACCGGUUGUUGCAGAGAUCGUACAGCGUCAAGCCGGAGACAAAUACGGAGCUGCCCGGGCUUGACCCUUCGAAGCUGACUAUCACGAGAACGACGACUCCGAAGGAGCUGAUUCCUCCGGAGCAGCUGGUGUUUGGGAAAACAUUCACUGACCAUAUGCUCACCAUUGAAUGGACGGCCACCGAUGGCUGGCAGGCUCCUCGCAUUACUCCGUAUCAGAACCUGAGCCUCGAUCCGGCCACCUGUGUGUUCCACUAUGCUUUUGAGUGUUUCGAGGGUAUGAAGGCGUACAAGGAUAAGAACGGGAGGAUUCGAUUGUUCAGGCCCAACAAGAAUAUGGAGCGUCUAAACAAGACUUCGGCGCGAAUUGCGCUUCCUACGGUUGACGGGGAGGCCUUCACCAAAUUGAUUGCAGAAUUUGUCAAGGUGGACAGCAGGUUUAUUCCAGAGCAACGAGGAUACUCGCUAUACCUGCGGCCCACGAUGAUCGGUACCCAGAAGACGCUGGGUGUUGGGCCUCCCGGGUCUGCGCUUCUCUACGUGAUUGCUAGUCCAGUGGGACCUUACUAUCCUACCGGAUUUAAGGCCGUGUCGUUGGAGGCCACGGACUAUGCUGUUCGAGCCUGGCCUGGCGGUGUUGGUGACAAGAAACUGGGGGCGAACUAUGCUCCGUGCAUUGUGCCCCAGAAGCAGGCAGCGUCUCGUGGCUUCCAGCAGAACCUGUGGCUCUUUGGCGAAGAAGAAUAUGUCACCGAAGUCGGCACCAUGAACCUCUUCAUGGCGAUCUUGAACAAGGAGACCGGUCAGAAGGAGCUGAUUACCGCGCCUCUGGACGGGACCAUCCUCGAGGGUGUGACGAGAGAUUCCGUCCUGGCUCUUGCCCGGGAGAGGCUCGCGCCUGAGGGCUGGGUGAUCUCUGAGCGAAAGGUGCGGAUGAGCGAGCUUGCUGAGGCGUCCGCUGAGGGCCGAUUGCUCGAGGUUUUUGGAUCUGGCACGGCGGCGAUUGUCAGCCCUGUGCGGAGCAUCGGCUACAAGGGGAAGCUGCUGAACUGCGGGCUGAAGGAGAACGAGGAGGCGGGCCCGAUUGCAUCUCAGAUGAAGAACUGGAUCGAGGCGAUUCAGUAUGGUGAUGAGGAACACGAAUGGAGAUUUCUGAAAUUCCGUUGGUAUUCUGUUCUAGAUUUUUUGGUCGAUCAAAAAAGUUACACAGUGAACUAG